UACUGUCAUCCAUUACAUAAACCAGAGCAUUUGUGUUACCUGAGAUCAUUUAGAGAAGUAAAUGAAGUUCAAGGACAACUAGCUCUAAUAAAUUCUAAAGCUGGAAUGUCGAUGAGAACGUCUUAUGAUGUUCUUGGUCAAGGAGUUGGAGGUACGGAGAAUCUUCCUUUUCGGUUUUCAGACUUAAAGAACUAUCUAAUGACAAUUCGUCAAAAGGAGAUGGUGGUUGGUGAAGCAACUGUAAUUCAAGAAUUCUUUAGAAAUGAAGCUCUCUCGAAACCAUCUUUUUACUAUGAUAUCCAAGUUGAUGCUGCAGAAGACAUAGCUAGCAUUUUUUGGGCAGAUGGAAUUAUGCAACUAGAUUAUUCUCUAUUUGGUGAUGUCAUCAGUUUUGAUACAACUUACCGAACAAACAAUCAAUAUCGGCCAUUAGCUGCCUUUAUUGGUUUUGACAAUCAUCGCAAGAGUGUUUUAUUUGGUGCUGCGCUAUUGUACGAUGAGACAGCAGCUACUUUUGAUUGGUUGUUUACAACAUUCUUGAAGUGUAUGUCCAAUAAGAAACCACAGACUAGGCUAGUGCGUUAUUGUGUUCAAUUCCGAAUAUUUUUCCAGGUGUUUUUCACGGGCUUUGUUCAUGGCACAUGGCAGAGAAUGCCAAGAAAAAUCUUGGCUCUCGUGUAAACAG